AUGGGAGAUUCAGAGGGAGAAGAGGGGAAGCACAGUCCCUUGGAGGGCGGCGAAGUGGAAGGCAAGCUCUCUUCCUCUUCGUUUCCGCUAUUCGCCGUCUCGAAUGCUCCUCCUGCCGUUUCAGGGGGCACCUCGGAGGCCCCCCUGUGGCUCCGCAACCCCAGCUUUACCGCCGACAUCUCGGCGAUCAGCCGCCUCUCCGGUGCCGCGACCGAGACAUCCUUUCGUCCGCCUUAUGAUGGAGACGAAGAGGAAGAGGAAGCGGAAGUGGGCGGCGCGGGGGGAGGGGCCCCGUCUACUAAAUCCCGCGGAUACGAACUGGUCGGUUCUUCUUCUGUGUCAUCGGAGGAACGUCGCUCUGAGAAGAAGAAGAAGAAGAAGAAAAAGAGGAGGACGAGAGAGGGUGAGGAACGGAGACACGUCAACGAUGACUCAAGGAGGACCAAAGUUCGACCGUGGGCGGGUGCCCAGAGUACAAAGCCAAUCAAGGAGUACUACAUUGAUAUUAGUGGGGAUCCUGAUAAUUUGGUCUUCGGGUCGCUCUACAGGUUUCUCCUCUAAUUCGUGUAUCAUCUUCAUUUCUUUUGCGUUCCGAGACAAGUGUGCUGUCAUUGCUUCUGGUGCUCGCGUUAAACCCUAACUAUAUGGCAUAGGGCUUUUCGAUGAUCUUUUGUGGAGACAUUUAUCAGCUAUAUUUUCUUCUCGGUUCAGUUUACUAUGAUUUUGUGUGAUUGGUGCCGCUAGGGGGCACUCACUUGGUAUAAAAGUUGAUUCCAGCUUAAAUUUAAUAUUUUCCUCCUAUUAUUUAAUCUAAUUAUGAUGGAUUAGCCAUACCCACUUCACUACACUAUCCUCUAUUUUUCCUUGCAUAUCUACCACUAUUUGCUCACUUCAAACUAUUUUUAGUUUUCUUCGUAAUGUUUAUACGUGUUUAAUGGAACUAACUUUUAAUUGCAGGAUGGAUGUUGCCCGUUACAAGAUCCAAAAUCUUUGGGAGACACCAAAUCUUCACCUUCAAGCUCUUUAUAGAAAGCAAUUACGAGAUUCAUAUCUAGACGCAGAAAAUGAUCUUGACGUCUUGGAUAGUAAGUCGAAAGCAGCAGGUCGCUACUGCUCAACAAAAUAUUCAGCCUUGGAACGACACAAGGGCUUUAAACGCGUGAAGCUUGUUAGUAAUGAAAAAUGUUUGGCUGUACCUUCAGACUUCAUACCCUUAGUUGAGCCAGAAGUGACCCAUGAAAGAUACGAUUCAGAAAUGGUAUCAAAGACAGAGAUUGAAGAGUCUUGGGAAGAUGAAAUGAUCCGACGAACAAGGGAAUUCAACAAAAAAACCAGGGACUUUCCACACGAUGAAAGGAUUUGGAUGGAAUUUGCUGAUUUUCAGGUAUUUCACUUUCAUAUUGAUUAUCAUUCUUGUGUUUGAAGCUUAGUUGAUAUGCCUUUGUUAUUAUGUUUUAAUUUGUUCAUAAAAAAAUGUGUAACUUGAGGAUGCGUCCGACCACUUCACUUAUGCCACCUUUCAAAAUCACAAUUAAGUUUUGCUUAUGUGCUCAUCAUUUCUGAUUUUUUUUUUCCUGCCAGGGUUCAAAAAGCUGCUUGAUCAUUGCCACUCUGUGUUCCCUUGACCCAUACACAUUGGAGCAGGAAAAUCUUGUCAUUUUUAUGACCCAGCAUGUGUGAAUCGUCAUUCUUGUUUAGAAAAAAGUGAUUAUCUACAAGUGACGUUUACAUUGCAAAAACCUUCCAAAAUUUUCAUUCGUUUCUCUCUUAUGCCUGACCUUGACCCUGAAUGUGUUCGACAAUGGCCAAAAUUAUCACCAAUCAGUCUUUCUCCAGGGCCUCUGUAUUCCAUGAGGAAUUCAUUACAUUGCUCCCACUGAUUAGCCAGUUAUUCAGCAUAAUUUCUGUUGAUUUUUUUUAGGGUUUCAUCUUUAUUUUGGCACCUCUCUAAAUCAUCUUUUGUAAACAGCCCCCCAUAAAUCUAUUCCAUUUUCUUACUAAUCCAACUACAUGUGGACGCAGUGGGUUAUGCUGUAGACAUUUUAUUUUGUUACAGUUUCUGUUUUUUUUUCUUUUUUUUCUAUUGAAACUGCAUUGAUUGACAUUCCUUGUCUCGAGUAUGAGUAGCCCCAGCCAGGCCUUGGUAACGGUUAGGAGUAUAGAGCAGCAACAAUGUAUCCUUGUCAAGUUGUUACAGAUUAAGUAACAUGUAUUCUAUUGUUUGAUUUAGUUUCUUUCUUGUUUUCUUUUAUUAUUAUUUUUUUAUUUUCAUGAUUCCUGUUUGCAAUUUAUUUUAUUAAAGGCAUGUUUGUGAAUUAUUUUUUUUGUUUAUUUUGAAACAUAGGAUAAAAUUUCCAGGACACAGCCACAGAAAGCAGCUCGUUUGCAGACGCUUGAGAAGAAGAUUAGUAUACUGGAGAAAGCUGUCGAGCUCAAUCCUGAAAAUGAGGAGCUGUUGCUUUCUCUUCUACAUGCAUAUCAGAAAAGGGAUAAUGGCGAUGUUCUUAUUGAAAGAUGGGUGAAAAUACUCAUGCAUCAUUCUGGGAGUUACAGACUGUGGAUAGAAUUUUUACAUGUUUGUCAAGCAGAUUUUUCCAAAUUCAAAGUCACUGAUAUCAGAAAAACAUAUGCUCAUGCUAUCCAAGCUGUGUCUUCUGCGUGCAACAAACUUUGUAGGCAGGUUUUUUUUCUUCCCCUUAUGAACAUGUUUAACCUCCUGGAUAAGAAACUUGUAUUUUACUUUCACAAAAACUUUGCUUGUUUGGAAGGUCGAUUUCCACUAGAAGACGUGCAGAAGGAACUGCUUUAUUUUUAUGUUUAUUAGCUUACAUUAUUCUUUAUUUCUUGUUUGUUUUCAGUAUUUUUUUAGAAUCAAGUACAAAAACUAUCUAGGCGUCUUUAAUCUGUACCGUUAAAAAUAAUUUGACACAGUGCAACGGAUGAUUGUGUCACGUUAUCAGAGUAGUCAUUAGAAGAUGAGAUAAACAUCCAAAUUGCACAAAAUGAACUAAAGGAAGGAAAAGAUGACUAUAGGUGAAAGAAAAUCGAGAGAAAGAUAGGUAUCUCCCCAUUCUUUUUAAUGCGAAGUGUUCAUAUAUUACUAAAGUUGGGCGGAUGUUUCCUAAAAUUCAGGUAUAAUUUGGGAAAGCUCUAGAAGUAUGAGUUAGAGACAGAGAUUGAAGAGGUCGUUGGGAAACUUCGACUGACCUGACAUAUUAAUGCUGACUAUAACAGUCAAAAAUUGUGAAAUUCAUUCAGGUCAUCUUCCUUUCAAUGUUAUUCCUGUCAUUGCUCAUCUCAUGGCUUACUUGGCUCAUAAUGCUAAGAUGCAGUGGAGGUUGGGAUACAGAUUACGAACGACGUAAUCUUUUAGCCAACGACCUCUUCAAUCUCUGUCUCUAGCUCAUACUUGGUAUCUUAAAGAUAUUGGAUAAUGACAUGACUUACCUAACCUUUUAGCCAACAAAUCGACGUGUUCAAUUCUAACUCAGCCUUAUUGGCGCAAGGGGCUCAUUGACCAAUAAACUAUUAAAUAGGAUUAUGAGGUUCUCAGAUAAAUUGCUUCUGUGGGAUUUUCACGAAGCCACCCUUUGUAAAUAUGUGGUCUGAUAUUUUCAAAUACUAUUUCUAGUCUGUUGUGGCAAAAGAUAAUAUAAAAUGAUUGAUAGUCAACGGAUGAGGGAUGGUGUAAUGUGCAUUAUAGAUACGGUAGAUCAUAAAUUUCAAUAGACUCUAUAAAAUGUGGCUUAAUUUUGCUUACAUCUUGUUAUCUUAGCAGCAGGUCGGGAUAUUAUUCAAAUCCUGAGAUCAGUAAUCUGUGCUUUGGCUCAAUGUGCCACGCAUAAUACAAUCAUUGUUUUGCAUUGACUUGAGAACAAAUCGUCAUCAUCAUCAUCAUCAUAGAACCUAAUCAAAGUAGCUUUUGGAUGUCUGGCACCGUUGGCAGAGUUUCCCAUCUGUCAAGAAUGAAAAAUUAUUUCUAUGGUGAAUCUGAAACAUUCUGACCUUUUUGUUCGAAAGAUAAUUCCUCACUUUGAUUGUCUAAUAUUUUUUUAAAAGCAGAUUCGUCAAACUGCCAAGUCUGAGCGGACUGAUCCUGAUCUAGUGCAACUAGAAUAUGGUCUGGUUGAUAUAUUUAUCAGCCUCUGCAGAUUUGAAUGGCAAAGUGGGUUCCGUGAAUUGGCCACAGGGCUAUUUCAAGCUGAAAUUGAAUACAGUUUGUUCUGCCCAUCCUUACUAUUGAGUAUACAGAAUAAACAGAGGCUGUUUGAGCACUUUUGGAAUGGUGAUGGUGCAAGAGUUGGAGAAGAUGGAGCUCUUGGGUGGUCUGGAUGGCUGGAAAAGGAGGAAGAGAGUAGGCAGAAUGUUAUGGAGGAUAUUGACGAAGAAACUGAAGGCGGAGGGUGGUCAGGCUGGUACAAACCUUCACCCAAAAAUGAGGAAAUUACCAAAAAUCCUGACAACUCGGCGGAGGAUAUCCAUGGCGAUCUGAAAAUUGAAGAGGACCUGGAAAUGGAAGAUGCACAUCAGGAAGAGGAUGUUGAAUCGUUGCUCAGGAAACUUGGUAUUGAUCCUGAUACUGAACCUCAGAAUGAAGUCAGUGACUCAGCAACUUGGAAUAGAUGGUCAAAAGAAGAGGCUUCGAGGGAGUCUGCACAAUGGAUGCCUGUGCGUGAAAAUUCUGGUGCUCACUUCUUUCUUUUUUUUUGUGUUUCAGAAACAUUAUAGUCCCUGACUUGAUUUCUCUAUAUCUGACUUGUGUUUUUUAUGAAAAAAGUAGGAUCUGGUCACCCUGGGGAUCCAGAUGGAGAAAGCAAUGAGCAACUUUCAAGGGUUAUAUUAUUUGAAGACAUUCAAGAUUACAUAUUUUCUUUAUACUCAGAGGAAGCUCGUUUUCGUUUAGUGACUCGAUUCAUUGAUUUUUAUGGGGGCAAAGUUUCUCAAUGGUUAGUAUAGAGUUUCAGUUUCCUUGAAGAUCAUAGAUAUUGGUCUAAUUAGUCUUGAGGAGAUGCAUACACUGGGUGACUCUACUUGUUUCUGCUCAUGGAGUAAUUUGUUCGUGCAUUUUUGAUAUAUAUAUAUAUAUAUAUCCUGCCAUUUUUUAAUCUAAAAAUCUGAUUUUCUAUUAGAAGUCUGCACCCUUCUCUAUUAUGUAAUCUAGUGGAAGAUAUGUGUGAAACUUGAAAAGAGCCAGUGUCGGUAUUUGGCUUCCCGUUCAGUGGAGAGGUCAUGGCCUUUGGAUACCAUCAUUUGAAUAUCUAGAGGGUUCUAUUGUGCGAUUAGCUAAAAUAAUAUGCACAGUAGAGUGAUGUUGAUGCAUUAUAUACAGUUUGAAUAAACUAAAUAUUUUCAGCAGCUUCUUUCUAGCGUGCAUUUGGAGGCAUAAACGUUUUGCUCCUGCUUUCUCAAUCACGAUUCUCUUAUUUCGAUUUCCUGGCGUUUCGUCCCUUUUCUUUCUUUUAUGAAACUUGAUUGUAUAAGUUUGUAUAUGCGUGUGCAUCUUUCAGUGGGGAUUCUCGUACCGACUAUUUUGUGUGCAAUGAGUGCAAUGAGAGUUGACUUUGCUUUCACUGAUGAAAGCUUAUGCAAAAGAGUUCUGUCUAUUCCUAAUCCCUAGGAGGACCGAUUCAAGGCUAUUCAGCAGAUUUUAUGCUCUUCCCUGGCUUGCUUUAUGUGCAUUGCUCGUUACUCAUGUUCUUUGGGUAUCUUAGAAUGAACGUGAAAGAAUUUAUGUGUAAUGAUUCUUAUGUUACCUAUUGCUUUUCAUAUUAUGUCGUUACUCUGCUAGGAUGCAACACCAACUUAGACCUCCAUUAUUGCUGGAGUAUGUGCUCAGACCUCCAUUAUUUUGCAGGGCAUGCACCAAUAGUGCAAGCUGGAUCGAAGAUACACUCAGCUUAGACACAACACCAACUUCUAUUUUGAACGUUUUGGGAGACGCCCCUUGGGUGGCAUCAGAGCCUGAUUCUGAUUCAAUUCAUUACAGUUUGAAGUUGCUUUUGGACAGUGAAGCUGAUAUUCUAAGGAAAGGAGAAAUAAUGAAAUUCCUUCGUAAUGGAAUUCUGCUUUGUACAAACUCUUUUCCCCGUAACUACAUUUUGGAAGAAGCCUUGCUUCUUGCUGAAGAACUAUCUAUGACGCAAGCGAAUUGUUCCACCUCCUCUGAUACACCUUCGCGGCCUCUGGCUAAAAGACUCUUAAAAAAUGAUCGACAAGUAAGUACAAUCCUUUCUUCACAAGUUUCAUGUGUUUUUUUCCCGCAGAUGAUCAUGUCAUUUUUCUUCUAAGUCAAGAUUAGUCAUUCUUCCUUAAUGAUAUCUUUGAUGAUUUUUCUUUUCCAUUCAUAUUUUCUAGUUAAUAUUUAUUUAGAUUCUUGUUUGUAGUGAUGAUGGAGAUUCAAAACUCUAUAGGUUGAGCUCUUGAUAUUUGCUAUCGUUACUUGUUUUUUUUAUUUUUAUUUUUUUAAACAUCUGAAGGUAAUGCGUUUGGUUGGUCUUUAGAAAUGAGGAAUUUUUCAAUCACAGCAGCACUUGAAGGGCUAAAACAGGCGUAGGCCAACUUUAUUCGUGACACUAGAGAGGAGUUUUUCAUUUAUAGUAACAAGUAGCCGACAACGUGUAUAGUUUCAUGAGCAUUAGAGUACUGCUCCCAGAACCAAUGAAUCCCUUACAGGAAUCAUAACUAUAAUGAACAGAGGAAACUUUGAAAGAAAGGAAAACACAGACUUGCCUUGUUUGGCGAGGUCCUUCAACUCUUCACAUCGUUGUAUGUUGCAUCACCUCUCCCAUCAUCGUUGUCUGAUGAUUGUCUUCUACCGCUUGUCAUUGUGCUCUGGUUUGACUCAGGAUCGGAGGGAUUAGUUCCUGUUCUAAUCUAGAGACAUCGAGGCCCUUUUAUUGCCCAUCCAACGUUUCAGAACCUACACAUGGCAUUACACAUCUAUCCCUAUACUCUAUACAUUGCAUGCUCUAUAUCUGUACACUUAUUAAUGCGUAAUUACUCUUUGUGCAGGAUUUGUUGCUUUGUGGAGUAUACGCAAAAAGAGAGGCUGCACACGGAAAUACCGAUCUUGCUAGAAAGGUGUUUGACAUGGCGCUGCUGUCGGUCGGUGGACUAGCACCGGUAAUCCAAAGCCUCUGUUUAUGUUGAAUGUAUUCAGUUGCACAUGCAAACCCCAUCUCGUCUAAGGAACUAUCAGGCGAUUAUCAUAUUCCCUCAAAUCGGGAUUCAUAAAUACUUGCAGAAAAAUGCCUCCAUUUCGAUUGCAGAACAUGUUUAUGCCUUGCAAAUUAUAGAUGCUGAUACUUUUGAUGUUUGUGUCAGUUCUUGAUCUUCUUCUCUUCUUGUUCAUUCGAUCAGGCUCUUCAAGGCAAUGCCCCUUUCCUUUUCUUUUGGUAUGCUGACAUGGAGAUGACGGACUUCGUCUCUUCUGGGUCAGAAAUUUGCCAUAAGAGGGCCAUCCACAUCUUAUCACAUCUGGGUUGUGGCGCGAAAUAUGAACCUUUUAAAGGUCAACCAUCAGGCCCGCUGCUUCUUAGGGCCCGCCAAGGAUUCAAAGAACAGAUUAGGUCCCUGCGUCCUUUGUGGGCUCAUGGAGAUGUGAAGAACGAGGCUGUUGCACUGCUCUGUUCAGCUUCAUUGUUUGAGAUGUUAACCAUUGGAUUGGAUGCCGGCGAUGAAGUGAUAGAAGAAGCUUUUUCCAUGGUUCUUCCAGGUGACUUCUCUUCUCCCAUCAGAUAUUGUGUUUAUCUUUCUCCUCGGCUGACAUUCGUCAGCUUUCUAAACAUGAAUGGUUCUCGUAUCCUGUGUUCAUUGAGUUUAAUGAAUACAUAAAUAAAUAAGAUCAUGGCGAAAUACCUUGAUGAUUUGACUCCCAUUCCGUAAAGUUGACCUUCGACUCUCUGGUAUAUUGUCAUACUCUUCCUGCUGCUACUUACCCCUGGUCAACGGCAGAACGCAGAGCACAGAGCCUUCAGCUCGAGUCCUUAUCCACCUACUUCAUCGGUCUUCUCCUGAGGCAUCGCCAGCGGCUGACCCUCUCGAGAGUAUGGCGUAGCAUCUCGCGGGGGCUGCAGACGUAUCCCCACAACCCGAAGCUGUCCUCUGCCAUGGUCGAGAUCAGCGGCCUCUUCACCGUCCGGCACAGAAUUCGUCGCACCUUCGACGAGCUCUGCCACAGGUUCGGCCCCUCCUCUUCCUCCCCUCGGGCAUCGCCCGAGGACCAUUUCACCUUUGGAAGGAUCACUUCUCUCAAUCUGGAUCACUUCAGGAACCCUUCGGUGGUCGUCUUCCUCUUCGCGCUGUCGUUUGAAUUGGGGCGAGACGGUUCGCAGCACAGAAUCCGCGGACUGUUCGAGCGAGCCCUGUCCGACGACAGGUUGCAGAGGUCGGUUCUUCUGUGGCGCUGCUACCUGGCAUACGAGGCUCAGACCGCCCAAAACCCUAAUGCAGUGAGGCGUGUGUUCUACAGAUCCAUCCAUGCCUGCCCCUGGUACGUCCCCCCAUCUUCUUCAUCCCCCUUCCUCUCCGUAUUCUUCUUCUUCUGCAGCAGCAGAAAAAGAAGCGGGAAGAGGGCAGAGAGAGAGAGAGAGAGAGAGAGAGAGAGAGAGAGAGAAGGGGGGGGGGGCACGUGUCAGAAGCGGGCCCCAUCAAAAUCCAGAGCCAGCCAGAUGGGUAAUGGACCGGAGACGGGAGGCCCAGGUCCAGGAAAAUCCCGCGCUUAUUUAUUCCCGCGUUUUUCUCGUUCGUAAUGUCGCAGGUCGAAGGUGCUGUGGCUGGACGGGUUCCUGAAACUGAGUUCCAUCCUGACCGCCAGGGAGCUGGCGGAUCUUCAGGAGGUGAUGCGCGACAAGGAGUUGAAUCUGAGAACCGACAUAUACGAGAUCCUCCUGGAGGACGAGCACUGA